AAGAAUUUUAUGAUCUUGUUAAUGAAUAUAUUGAUAUCUUUGCUCAAAAUGAUUCUGACCUAGAAAGAACUGAUGAAAUCCAAUAUGAAAUCAAAAAUAAUGCCCCACAAAAAAUUAUUACAUCACAUAUACAAGUUAAUUAA